AUGGAGAUUAACAUAUACAUUGUUUUUAUCGUUCUCUUUAUGCUUGCUGACUUCUUAAUCGCUAGUGAUAAUCAUCUAAAGCCAUUUCCAGUAAUAAUAGAUGUAGAUGGUGGAAGUGACGAUUUUCUUGCGAUUUUUUACGCGCUUAAAUCUAAGGAACUCGAUGUACGUGGUAUUACUUACAAUGCUUCGGCCCAGAACAUUGUUGAUAUAGUGGAUGAUAAUUAUCCUGGAAAAAACCUUCCUGUCAUACUUGGUGCUGAUUCUAACCUGUACAAAACCGACAAAAACCCGGAUACUCCAGGCUGCACUUAUCAAAAGGCGUUCCCAGAAGGGGCUGGAAAACGUGAUCAAGAUUUGCUAUACGGUCUUAAUCGACAGCUUAGGUUAUCAAAACGAAUAUGGUAUGACGCCAUUAAAGGUUUUAAUAUCACUAAAGACCUUGCUUAUCUUAUUGAUUCUACGAUUGAGGAAACUGGAAAAAAGCCCACAAUUAUAAUGACUGAUGUUCCUGGAAAUGUACUUAGCGUACCGAGUGAUACUCGCGCUGAAUUUAAUGUUUAUUUUGAUUGUGUUGCUGCUCAAGAAUUGCUUGCAUCUAACUUAGAUAUUACUUUGGUAUCAUUAGAUUUUAUGGCACAAAAUCCACUUAAUCCUGCUUUUUUCGACAAACUCUCAAAACUCAAAAGCUUUUAUGGUAUAACAAAUGCUGUUGUUAAAAAUGUUGGUGUUGCCAAAAUUGUAUCAAAUCGUACAUUAGCUGUUACUUGUAACGGAGAUCCGAAUUAUGAUGGACAGUUUGUAAAGUCUAAUACUCUUACAAAUUCAAAUUUUAAAGUUGCAAUUGAUGCUAUUGUUAGUACCCCUGUUGAAAACUCUCCAUAUUUUCAAGAUUUUCUUAAUACAAUUAAUUACGAUUAA